AUGAAGAUAUUAAGUUGGAAUUGCCAAGGGCUUGGGAACCCUUGGACAGUUCGAAACCUUUGUAGUAUUGUGAAGGACCAAGGACCCAUGGUUUGCUUUUUAAUGGAAACUAGACUAGACAAGGAGGGAUUGAAGGAAUGGUGUGGUGACUUACCGUUUCAGAACAGCUUUGUGGUGAAGUAUCCAAACACAGGUGGUGGGUUAGCAUUACUUUGGAAGGAUUGUAUUAAUUUGGAUGUUGUCAACUAUACGACCAACCAUAUAUUGGCCAAAGUAGUGGAAGAGGAUGGCUCGGUAUGGUUCCUAACCGGGUUUUAUGGGUGGCCUAAAGCAGCUCAGAAGGCUAAGUCAUGGAGUUUGCUUCAACAUAUUCAUACGUUUGUGGAUGGACCGUGGGUGUGUAUUGGUGACUACAAUGCAAUGCUAAACUUGACGAAGAAGCUAAACAAGAGACCAAUCCAAGGCAGCCAAAUGAAUGCUUUCCGUGAGGCAUUGGAGCAUUGCCAUCUUGAGGAUUUGGGUUUCAGGGGAUAUGAAUACACUUGGAACAAUAAACGGCCUGGUGAAGCAAAUACAAGAGUGCGUUUAGAUAGGGCCACGGCUGCUGUUGAUUGGAGGGCGAAGUUUCCAUUGAGCACUGUUUAUCACCUGUCCACUCAUGCCUCGGAUCAUCUACCCAUCUUGUUGCAUGUUCAAAGCUCAAAAAAAUGGUACAAAGGUCGGAAGGGAUUCAAAUUUGAGGAAGCGUGGCUGUUGGCAGAGGGGUGUGAUGAGGUGAUUAAAAAUGCUUGGAGCAAAGAUGGGGUAGGGGCUACGAGUUUGGAGUUGGCUAGAUAA